GCUAGCGGCGCGAUGGGCAAGAAGGGGCGCCGCGAGAAGAAGGUGCGCGGGGCGGAAAAGACGGCCGCCAAGAUGGAGAAGAAAGUGUCGAAGCGCUCGCGGAAGGGGGAGGAGGACCUGGAGGCGCUCAUUGCCCACUUCCAGGCGCUGGACGCCGGGAAGACGCAGGUGGUGGAGACGCCCAGCGCCCCACCUUCCCCCAGGUUAAACGCCUCAUUUUCUGCUCACCCUGAGAAAGACGAAUUAAUCCUUUUCGGAGGUGAAUAUUUCAAUGGCAAAAAAACAUUCCUGUAUAACGAGCUCUACAUCUAUAACAUCAAGAAGGAGGCCUGGACCAAGCUCGACAUCCCUGGGGCCCCCCCAAGGCGCUGCGCUCAUCAGGCGGUGGCAGUGUCGCAGGGUGGAGGGCAGCUGUGGGUCUUCGGUGGGGAGUUUGCAUCUCCUGAUGGGGAACAGUUCUACCACUACAAGGACCUGUGGGUGCUUCAUCUUGCCACCAAGAAGUGGGAACAAGUCAGGGCACCAGGUGGCCCCUCAGGCCGCAGUGGUCAUCGCAUGGUGGCCUGGAAGAGGCAGCUCCUCGUUUUUGGGGGUUUCCACGAGAGCACCAGGGACUAUGUAUACUACAAUGACUUGCAUGCCUUCAGCCUGGACACCUUCUCUUGGACCAAGCUGGCCCCUGUGGGCACUGGGCCCUGUCCCCGCUCAGGUUGCCUCCUGACAGUCACCCCACAGGGCAGCGUCCUACUUUAUGGAGGUUACUCAAAGCAGCGUGUGAAGAAGGAUGUGGACAAAGGCUCACCGCACUCAGACAUGUUCCUGCUACAGGCUGAGGGUACAGAAGGCAAGUGCUCAUGGACGAGGCUUCAGCCCUCAGGACACAAGCCUAGCCCGCGAUCUGGCUUCUCCGUGGCCAUGGCCCCAAAUCAGCACACACUGCUCUUCGGGGGGGUCCGUGAUGAGGAGGAGGAAGAAAGCCUGGAGGGCGAAUUCCUUAAUGAUCUGUACCUGUUCGACCCAGUCAAGAACCGCUGGUUCCAGGGGCAGCUGAAGGGCCCCAAAUCGGAGCAGAGAAGGCGAAGACGUGGCCGCCGAGCAGAGUCCUUGGGAGAGGCCAAAGCCAAGGUGGAGCCCAGCAACAUCCAGUUGCCCCUGGAGGUAGUCAAGGAGGUGGUGACCGAGGAUGGGACUGUGGUCACCAUCAAGCAGGUGCUGCCCAGCCCCAUGGGCCCCUCAGACUCGGCCCCAGGCCCGGAGGAGGAGGAAGAGGCAGCAGAGGCUGAGGCUCCUGUCCCUGGGCCCUGUGCCCGCUCUAGUGCCAUGAUGGCUGUGAAGCAUGGCCGCCUCUUCCUGUAUGGUGGCAUGUUUGAAGCUGGUGACCGCCAGGUAACACUCAGUGACAUGUACUCCCUGGACCUGCACCACAUGGAGGAGUGGACAGUCCUGGCUGAGGGGGACCCAGAAGCACAAGAAUGGCUGGAAGAGACAGACUCAGAGGGGGAUAGUGAGGAGGAUGAGGACAGCAGCGAGGACAGCGACCUGGAGACUGCGGAGCCCCAGCUUGGGGCCACACAGGCCCAGUAAGUGGCAGCAGCACCUGUGUCCAGACCCGCCUGGCCACCAUGUCUUUGUUUUCACUCCUGGAGGUUCUUUUCUGCUACUUGAAGAGACUGGACUGGGACCCUUAAAUAAAUUGUUCUCUGCCCCCACCCA